CGAGAGGAGAGCGUUCUCCCUCAGUAAGCUGAGACGAGUCCAGAAAAGAGGAUGUCGGAGCCUUCCGACACAGGAGAGCCAUCCUCUCCACAGACAUUGAGCCACGCGUGGCGGACUUGUCUGUUCCAAACCACGGGCAUACGCGUCUCCCCCUCGUCUCUCAUGUGCAAGAGUGGCCAGGCAGCGUCUGGCAAGCAAAUCGUGCACAAGAUUGACACCUGGCUCCAGACGAGGACCCACUGCAGAGGGCUGGCGGACAACCACCGUGACUCGGAAGGAGGGCUGUCAGUGGAGGAGCAAAGUCUGGCGUGGUCAAGUGGUGCUGCGAAGCUGAGGGAGAUGGCCAACACGAUGGGAUCUGCGAAUCCGCUGCUGUGCAGUGAAGCGUUUCUUUUGCACUACUUCAAUGACCUUUGCUUCAGGUGCGGGAGACCACAUAAUUCUGACGAGACACUUGUCCGCCCUUGUUUUUUGUCACCAGGGGCUGUCACAUUGUGGAGAUGGACUCCUUCCUCAGCAGCUUUCAGAACCUCAAGACACUCAACUUGUCACAGGUCUGCAUUCUUUGAGCUCAGCAUCCUGCGUGUGGCGCUAUUCUGCCUUUUGUACGCCGUUUGUCAGAACAGAAUACGUGUGAUCCGUCAUCUGCCGCCCAAGCUGGAGCUGCUCGACAUAUAUGGCAACGAAAUUGCCUCAAUCAGCAACGGCUUGAAAUGUCCUGCACCCUCUCUGCUUCAUCUUGGCAUGGGCUCCAACUGUGUCGUAGAGGCUGGCAUCCAAGGUAUUGCGGCCAUCUUCCCGAAUCUGAUCUCUCUCGAUCUUUCAUUCAACCUCCUUGCCGACUCAUGCGUCACUCUGGAGUAUCUCAGCGGCCUCACACAACUGUGCCACCUCUAUCUGCUCGGCAAUCCAUUGACCCUUCACCCCCACUACCGCAUGUGCUCUAUCGUCAUGAUGCCAUCCCUGAUGCAGCUGGAGGAGGCCCCCGUUACAGCGGCAGAAAAAGAGGCGGCUGUUGCUAUGUUCUUUCCCAGUAUGGUUGGCAGAAAGCUAGAGACCAUUGACAGAGAGAAGCUGCCGCCAAUGGUGCUGCCGAACGAGUGGUGAGGAUCAACGCAGAGUAACAGAAAAGGGGGGCUACGCUGAUCUUGUUUUCUAGGGAGGUGCCCUUUCGGAUCGAGAUUUCAAAGAUUGGAGGUCUGAAGAAACUUGUGACCCAUUUGUUGAAGCGUCGGGCGAAAGAAGAGGCGGACCAUGCUGAGAAGGAGCGGAAGCUGAAGGCACUGAAGGCACCUGUGCCUUCAUCAGAGCAGCAAGAGGCCGAGGCUCUGGGUGAAGAGAACGAAGAGAGCAAGCAACAGCAGCAGGAAGAGCAAGCACCACCCGCAGAAGAUGGUGCGGCCAGCCUAGAUGAAAAGGUGGGUCCAAGUCAACCUUAUGGCAUGUAUCGACGCUUGACCAUCAGUUCAUACUCGGCUGACGUGCAGGCCAAAGCCUUGUUGGAAGCCACAUUGUUCCGCUGGGAGCUGUCGGUGCCAGAUGCCGUAAAGCUGCCCCAGGAUGAGCCAGCUACAGGAGCGCCCGAGGGUGAAGAUGAAGCUCAGGCAGUACCGAAGGCUCCGCGCCCCAUCUUCCGCAGAGACAUGGACGAGUCACGUGAUACCACCAGUGAGUUGUGGCUGCUGGGGGAGAACACAUUCCAACUAGAGCUACCGGUAGGAGCACGCUAGUACUCAUCUCGGUAUGCGACAAAAAAGAAAAGAAUGAAUAGGCGGAUUUUUAUUGUUCAGGCCGAUGAAGGGCAACCUGACUUUGUCCUCGACCCGCCCCAUCAGCUGCACUUCACUGCAUUGGUGGACACAUCCGAUGGCCGGCGGCUUAGCCUCCGCAACUACCUUAUGUGUGGAUGUCGUCUCCGUCUCGUCAUGGAGCCGCCAGCCCCUGAAGCGGUAGAAGAAGGCGACGAGCAACAAAAAGAGAACGGAGAAGAGAAGCCUGCGGAUGCUCCGGCCGCAGAGGAGACACCGGAACAGAGGAGGGAUCGCAUCUUCGCGGCCACCCAUGUGCCACUGGACUCGUUGAUAGCACGGUCCUUCCCUCCUUCCCGGUCACUUGGCGAUCAGCCACCUGAAAGCACAACAGGUCAAGAACCCACAUCAUGUAUUGACAAGAGAGACAUGUCAAAUCUGUUGCAUCACGUCAUUUUCAGGUGUGCUGCAGCAGCCACUGUGCCCGGGCGACAGCGAGGACGUUGCUGAGCUUAUCGCCCCCAGGCCGAAGGAGAGGACGAGACACGUUGCGGGGUCAGGGGCUGUGUGGGUGUGUGGGACCAUGUGGAGUGCAGUGGAGAGACAAGAAGAGGAUGGCAACGAAGAAUGACAUGAUGAUGAAGGAAUACACUCAUAUGGACGCGGAUGACUCAUAAGACAACACAAUGUUCAUGUCCUAUUUUCCUUUGUUCCUUUCGUCCUAUCUUGUUCCCUCUCAA